CGGGCAGGCAGGCGCUGAGGAGAGGCGGGCGCCAAGCCGAGGGGCAGGUAGGCCUGGGUGUAGGGUCCAUGCAGGGGUGGCUGGUGCCCCAGACUCCAGCCCAGGCCCUGGCCCAACUGCUCCAGGAUAAAGGGUCUUCCAGAGCCAGCACUGACCCCCACUCAGCCCAACGAGGGGAAGGGAUCUGGGGAGCCCUCAACGAGGGCGCAGCUGCACCCCGCCAGGCUUCUAGCCUGGUGCCACUGGGCCCGGUCUCUCCGCUGGCCCAGCCCACUCUGUGGGGCAGCUGUGUCCUGGAGGGGCACAGGGCAAGCAGUCAGGCCUGGUCCAAGCUCUGUCCUGCAGGUAGAUGGAGGUGGCCAUCCUGCUCCCCCUCGUGCUGGGCCUCCUGCUGCUGCCGCUCUUGGCCGUCCUGCUGACGGCACUCUGUGUGCGCUGCCGGGAGCUGACAGACUCAGACGACAGUGGCGCCUCCGACAGUGGGACCCUACACAGAAUCGUGAUCAAACGGCCUCCCAUGAUAACCUCCUGGUCACCAGCUACUUCCUAUCCGUCUUUUACAUCCCAUCCAUCCUUGAGCCAGCCAGACCUGCUUCCCAUGCCGAGAUCCCCACAGCCCCCAGGGGGCUCCCACCAAGUGUCAUCUUCCCGGCAGGACUCCGAUGGUGCCAACAGUGUGGCAAGCUAUGAGAAUGAGGAGCCAGUCUGUGAGGACGAGGAUGAAGACGAGGAUGAGGAGGACUAUCACAACGAGGGCUACUUGGUGGUGCUUCCCGACACCGUCCCAGCCACCUGCAGCGCCGCCAAGGCAGCUCCCAUGCCCAGCAACCCCGGCCUCCGAGACAGCGCCUUCUCCAUGGAGUUGGGGGAAGACUAUGUGAACGUUCCUGAAAGCGAGGAGAGUGCAGAUGCGUCUCUGGAUGGGAGCCGGGAGUACGUGAACGUGUCCCAGGAGCUGCAGCCCGCGGCUAGGACCGAGCCCGCCAUCUUGAGCUCCCAGGAGGCCGAGGAAGAAGAGGAAGAGGGCGCCCCAGAUUAUGAGAAUCUGUAGGAGCUUCACUGAGGGCCUGUAUGAGGCGUGCCUGCCCUGGAGCCUGCCUUGCCUGGGAGGCCCGAGCUGGGCCCAUUUGGUGCCCCAGCCCGGCUCCAGCCUGACAACAGCCUGAGAAUUUUCCUCCUAACUUAUUGUCACUUUGGGGUCCAAUCUAGGUGCCCCCAACACUCUGCACCUUCUGACACAGCCUGAGAAUGAACUGCCUCGACCCCAGCCCUACUCUGUGGUAGAAUAAAGGCUGGUGUGGUCUG